CAAUGGUUACAUAAUUGUAGGUUUUUUUGUGUGAAGGACGGCUAAAAAUUUGAAACCUCAUUAUGACAAAGAAUCAGUGGAACUUUGAAGAAAACAUUUGACUUGGGUCCAAAAGAGAUUAGCAGUUUAAAUCAGAUCAACGCUGAAAAAGCAAUUAUGUCUGAAUUAUCAAAGGAUACAAAACAGUCAUCUCAGCUAGUUGAAGAUUUUGCUGGGUACACUACUCUCCAUGGAUUUCAUUUUGUAAUUACAAGGGUUUACGCUCCAGUUCGACGGCUUAUAUGGCUGUGCUUGAUUCUAACCUGUGUUGGGGCACUUGUUAAACAGUUGGUUUCAAGUUUUGAGAAGUUGCAUGCACAUAUACACGUUGUGGACCAAAUUGUUGUUCCAUCUGACAAACUGACUUUUCCAGCAUUUACAUUGUGUAAUAUUAACAUGAUGAAAAGAUCCAAGAUAAGCGGAACAGAUGCACAGCUCUACUUGGAUAAACUUGAUCCAUUCAAAGCCGAUAAAGUUAAACAUAAAACCUUGAACAGUUCAUUCAACCUCAAAGAAGCAGUCCUCAAGUAUGGGCACACGGCUAAAGAUAUGAUUGCAUUUUGUAAUUGGAAAGGGAAGCCUUGCAGUUACAAAAAUUUCACUACAACAUUCUUGUCACAAAAUUUUGGCCUGUGUCACACAUUCAACUUAGGAGACAACGGCGAACAACUGGUUUCUUCAACAUCAAACCAAAAAGACCUUGGACUUACCUUGCUGCUUGAUAUAGACAACAAAGAAUAUUAUGGAUAUGAAAGCUACCGGUCAACUGGUGUUAAAGUAGCCGUUCACCACCAAACAGAAAUUCCGUGGGUGGAGAAUUCUGGGAAUGACAUCAUGCCAGGUUUCACAACUUCAAUCAAAAUCACGCGAAAACAGGUUAAGCGUCUACCACCUCCUUUCAGGUCAGCCUGUGGAAGUAAAAAACUCGUAACGUCUAAUGUAUACACUCAAAGAAGAUGCAUGAUAGAAUGCUUUACGCGUGCAAUGAUUAAAUCACGGGGCUGCAAGAUCUUGGGCAUGCCCAACCUGCCAGGAUUUCACCACAUUGGAUAUUGUAGCCCGAGUGAAAUUCGAAACGAUUCCUCUGCAGAUGAACUGGCGAAAGUAAGACCUAACAACUGUGGCUGUCCCAUCGCAUGCAAAGAAAUAACAUAUACCACUGUUCAGAGCUUAGCAUACUUUCCUUCAAGGUCGUUCAUGGAGAUGUAUGCUAAUGAUACUCAAAACCUAAACCUUGCUUUAUGGGAAAUUAGGGCACGAUUUAUGACGGUGGUUGCUUACUUUGAGGAACUGAAUACAGAAGUUAGUAUCGAGAAACCGUUCUACGAUAUCAACGACUUUGGAUCUGAUCUUGGUGGCAAUCUUGGUUUGUUUCUUGGAUGUAGUGUCUUGACAAUCAUGGAGUUCCUUGACCUUCUUAUUAUGUACUGCUGUCAAAAAUUGAGAUCGCGGAAUCGAACAGAACAGUCGAACACCGAUAUAGAAGCUGGUUAAUAUUCCAGUUUCGAGAUCUUAUUUUGGAUUAUUUGUGCAGCCUCAACCUCAAAAGCAUGUAAGAAUCCAAUAAAAAUUUAUGCUAGAUUGAGUCUAAGCUUGCACAAAAGAGAAUUCGAACCUGAAGUAUAGGCAGACUAUUCCUCGUUUUUUCACUUCUUUUCAAUUUCUUUUCAGAAAUGAUUCAUAUGCUUAUUGUAAAAUUUUGAAAAAAACAUAAAAUGUUUUAGUAUUCUUCUGGGGAAAGUAAGAUCCAAUCAUGCUUUGUAUUUAAAAAUGUGGCUUAUCACUAUUCCUAAACUGUUACCAGUACAGGCUAGAAUCACUCGAGUCUAUGCGUAAAUUGGUUGUUUACUCUAUUGUUUUAUAUCCUAGCAACGAGAGGCUAUAUAUUCCCGCAUGUAUUAGAAUUUUUUAGAACAAUAAAAUGCUGGUCCAUCAAUAGCCGUCUUGUUUGUUUUGCAGUU